AUGGUUGACUCAUCAUACGUAGAUACAUUUGAUAGUGGACUUUUUGAUAGCAAUGAAAGAAUAAAUGAUAAUGUAAAUCCAUUGUCAUCAUUAUUUCUUUCUUCUUCACCAGUUUUAUCAUCAAAUGAAUUUUCUUUACCAACAACAGAAAAUUCUUCAUUAUCAAAUAAUGAAGAAGAAAAUAAAAUAAAAAAACGUAAGAAUGAACAAAAAACUGAUUUAAAUGAAACUAAAAAAUCUAAACAAGCACCAUCAUAUAUGAGAAGAAAUAUUCGUCAUCUAUUAAAAAAUGAUCAAUUACAAGUUGAUACAUUAUCAGCACUCAAAGCUGAACAAGAUCGUCUUAAACGAUUGGAAGAAAUUAACAAAGAUUAUCAACAAUUUAACCAUAUGUAUACUCAGAUACCAACAAAUUAUUCUCUUCAAUUGAAAAAAACAACAAAUGACCAAGAAUGUAUUGUUUUGGAUGAUGAUGAUGAUGAUGAUGAUGAUGAUGAAAAUGAACCAGAAAAUUUAUCAACGUUAAUUAAUAAUCCAGAUACAAGUACAAGAAGAGUCAAUAAUGAUGAUAAUGAUGAUAGCGAUUCUGAUGUUCAAUCUAUUGAUGGUAAUACUGACUUUGUAAAUGACAAAUUAAGUAAAAGGCUACAACGUUUACAUGUUGAUGAUCGUAUUAAUAUACCAGAUGAUAGUGGUAAUAUAUUAAUUAAUAUCAAUCAUCCAAGUGAUGAUCGUGAUUUGUAUAUAUCAAAACAUCUUAGUUCGAUUCUUAAACCUCAUCAAAUCGGUGGCAUACGUUUUAUGUAUGAUAAUAUUGUUGAAUCUCUUCAACGUUUUCAAGCAACACCUGGUCUUGGUUGUAUUCUUGCACAUUCAAUGGGUUGUGGAAAAACCUUACAAGUAAUUACAUUCAUUGAUAUUUUAUUACGUUAUACAACAGCAAAAUCAGUUCUUAUCGUUGUACCAAUAAAUACAAUACAAAAUUGGGCUAGUGAAUUUAAUCGUUGGUGUCCAUUAGAUGAUCCUAAGAUUGAAUAUAAACGUUCGUUUCAAUUGUAUGUAUUAAAUGAACUAUCAAAAAAAUUUGAUCAACGUGCUAAAAUUGUUCAAAACUGGUCACAAACUGGCGGUACACUCAUUAUUGGUUACGAAAUGUUUCGGUUAAUGGUAACAAAAAAACAUUCACAAACAGGAACAUUAAUAAAAAAUAAUAAUUCUCAUAAACAAGUGAAUAUAUUUAGUCCAUCGACAUCCCUUACUCCGGAUGUUGGAGAUAAUGAAAAAGUUUUGGAAACAAUGGAAGAUAUAAGAAAUGCGUUGAUUAGUCCUGAUCUUGUGAUUUGUGAUGAAGGUCAUCGAAUUAAAAAUCAUCAAGCUAGUGUUGCAAUGGCAUUAAAGUCAAUAAAAACAAAACGACGAAUUGUUCUCACUGGUUAUCCACUACAAAAUAAUCUCAUUGAAUAUUGGUGUAUGGUUGAUUUUGUUCGUCCUAAUUAUCUUGGUAGUAAACAAGAAUUUUGUAAUAUGUUUGAACGUCCUAUCCUAAAUGGUCAGUGUGUUGAUUCAACAACUGAAGACGAACAAUUAAUGCGUGCUCGUGCCCAUGUUUUGCAUAGUUUACUUGAAGGUUUUAUUCAAAGAAGAGGUCAUGAUGUUCUUCAAACUGAUUUACCACCUAAAACUGAAUAUGUUCUAUUGCUAAAACUAUCAAGUACUCAACGACAAUUGUAUAUGAAAUUUCUUGAAGCCGUUGGUGCUUUAUCAAAAUCUUUCGGACGAACACUCAAUCCAUUGAGAGCAUUUGCUAUUUGUUGCAAAAUAUGGAAUCAUGCUGAUGUUUUAUAUAAAUUUGUUCGAGAUCGUCAAGAUGGUUCUGAUCUUGAUUUAGAUUUAGAAAUUGAUCAAAGUUCUAAUGCAACAAAAACUAAGUCAAAUAAUCGUUUAAAUUUAAAUAAUCGUGCAUCACCUAUUUCAUCAUUACAAACAACGACCUUGAAUAAUAUUUAUGAAGCACAAACAUCAAUGUACCAGACAGAAAGAAAAGAAUUUGAUUAUGAUUUUGCCAAUUCAAUUUUAAAUUCUUAUAUUUGUGGUCAAUUAUCAAAUGGUAUUAAAUUUGAAGUUGCCUUAACAAUAAUUGAUUUAUCAAUUAAAGCAGGUGAUAAAGUUCUUCUAUUCACUCAAAGUUUAUUAUCAUUAAAUAAAUUAGAAGAAUUUCUUAGUCAACGUCAAAUACCUAAUACAGAACAAAAAUGGCAGAAAAAUCUUAAUUAUUAUCGACUUGAUGGUAGUACAAACGCCAUUGAACGUGAAAAAUUAAUAAAUGCAUUUAAUGCUUCGAAUUCUAAUGCAAAACUAUUUUUACUGUCGACUAGAGCGGGUUGUCUUGGAAUAAAUUUAGUUAGUGCAAAUCGAGUAAUUGUUAUGGAUGUAUCAUGGAAUCCAUGUCUUGAUGCUCAAGCUAUAUGUCGAGUUUAUCGUUAUGGACAAAAAAAACAUUGUUAUAUAUAUCGAUUAAUAGCAGAUUUUACAAUGGAAAAACGUAUCUAUGAUAGACAAAUAGCGAAACAAGGAAUGUCUAAUCGUGUUGUUGAUGAAUUACAACCGCAAAAUCAAUUUACUGAAAAAGAAGUUAAAAAUUUAAUUCAUUUUGCGGCUGAAGAAGAAUCAGCUGCACCAGAUUUAAUAACAAAAAUUGAUGAAAUAUCAGAUGAUGCUAUUUUAUUAUCAGUAGGUAAACAGUAUGCUCAAUCAAUAACAAAAAUUCCAUUUACACAUGAAUCUCUUUUAUUGGAUCAAAAAGAAUAUCAAUUAACAUCAGCUGAAAAACGUCGUGCCCAAAAAGAAUAUCAAUACGAAAAAAAAAUGAAAACAUAUUCGAAUCGAUCAAGAUUUAAUUCAUCACGAUCUUCAUCAUUUUAUAAUAAUAAUUCUCGAUAUUUAAAUGAAUAUAUUCAACCUUCAAAUUAUUCAACUUUACCGAAAAUUGAAUCUCAGUAUCCAAUAUAUCAUAAUUAUCAAACUUAUCAAACACCAGAUCAGAAGUUAGAAGAAUUAAAACAAAAAGGAGUUACAGUUCAAUUAGUAACGCUUCAGAGUCCAUUGGAAGUUCAAAUGAAUGGAUUUGAACGUGGUAUUAUUCCAGCUGGUAUUAAAAUUCAUCUUAUUAAAUCUCGACAAGGAUCAUAUAUUAGAACACCAGAUGGAAAAUUUUUCGCUAUUCGUCAGUCAACUUCAGAGAUUAUUAAUCCUAAACCAAUACCAAUAGCUCCUCCUCCACCUCAACCGCCACCACCGCCACCAUCAUCAACAUCAUCGUAUGAUUUAUUAGAUCAAUUAUUAUUUGAUUCUUUACUUCUUCCGUCUACUAAUCCAUCUUCUUCAUCAUUAACGAACGAUUUAAAUGAUGAAAUAGAUCUUUUAUUUGAUGAUAUAAAUAUUACUCCACCUUCGUCUUCAUCUGAUUAUCAAAAUCUAAAUUCUUGGGAUAGUGAUUGCUUGUGCCAAAAUUAUUUCGAUUCAGAUCUUUUCUCAAAUUAA